AUGGCACCUCGAGGGAGACCCAGGCGAAUAGUUCAAAUCCCUCCUCCUGAUCCUAUUGUUGCAGCUAUAGCAACAUUGCAGCAGACCCUGAAUGAAACCAGGGAAGCUGAUUUGAAAAGAAUCGAAGAGGCCAGAGAUCGCGAUAGAGAGCAGCUAAGAAAGGCCAGUGAAGACCUUAUGGCGCAGAAUAGGCUGGCCAAUGCUGAGAUGAUCCGACUACUGUUGACAGAGGUACGAGGAGGACCUCCACCACCUUCACCACCUCCUCCACCGCCAGUUACACCACAUGUGCAGCAGCAGGUUGCACGUGCUGCUGGUCCCGUACAGAUUCUUGAGCCUGUUGUGCUGGGACAUGAAGGGUCAGGAGAGGCCCAUCAGGAGGCGGAGGCAUCUGUCCAUGAAGGACUAGUGAGGCAGCCAAUUAUUGAGGUUGAUAGAUCAGCUAUACCACCCAGGUUUGACCGGGAUACUAGAGAGCGUAUGCUGAAUGCUUUCAGGAAGCAUUCCCCACCUCACUACAAAGGUGGAAGAGAUCCCAUUGCAGCAUUGGAGUGGCUCCAAGAGAUGGAGCGUAUUUUUCAGGUUAUGGAAUGCGAUGCCAACAUGAAGCUCCUAUAUGCGGUGUACAUGUUACAGGGGGAUGCUGCUGACUGGUGGAGUAAUGUUAGAAACCCACUUGAGUGCCAAGGUUAUGCUAUUACUUGGCCAUUAUUUGAGAGGCAUUUUCUGCAAAAGUACUUCCCUGAAGAAGCCAGGGAAAGGAAGAAGAGUGAGUUUGAAGACCUCCGGCAGGGAGGCAUGACUGUGGAUGAAUAUCUCAGCAAGUUCAACCGCUUGGCAAAAUAUUCUUGUUAUGGUAGAACUCCCCUCACUCCAGAAGACAAGGCCUUUCGAUUCAGGAAGGGUCUGAAUGAUAUGAUAGCAGACAAACUGGCGGGUCAUUGCACCAGAAAUUUUGUGGAGUUGAUCAAGCAGUGCCAGAAUAUUCAGGAGCACUAUCGUACCAGGGGAAAGGAAGCAGCAGGAAAGAGCUUCAGUGGGAGGACUACGCCCUGGAAGGGUAAGGGCAAGGGUUUGCAAGCACAGCAGAACACCAAGUUUAAGAAGACUCCCUUUGUGAAGAAUGGAAGCGGAAUGUUUAGUGCAGGGAAGAUUCCCACUUGUGCCAAGUGUGGGAAGAUGCAUACAGGUGUUUGUCGACUGGGGCAGAAUGUUUGCUUCAGUUGUGGUCAGGCAGGUCAUUAUUCCAGAGAGUGCCCCAAGAAGACGGGGCAAGUUGCAGCCAUUCAGGCGAUCCCUAUUCAGUCCGUGCCUACUCAGAGAGCCAUAGAGGAGCCUAUGGCGCCCACUAGUGCCAGGGUAUAUGCAGUGACACAGCAGGAGGCAGAGAGGUCUCCAAACCUUAUCAGAGGUACUAUUCUUAUCAGAGGAUAUGCUUUUGAUGCCAUGUUUGAUUCUGGAGCUACCCACUCCUUCAUAUCGGAAUUUGUUGCUAAUGGGGUACAUUUACCCAUUUGUGAGUUCACGCCUCCCAUGGUAGUGAAGACUGCCACCGGAGACAUUGUUUCUACUUCCUUGAAGUGCAAAGAAGUCAGAUUCAUAUAUGAGCAAGAAGAGUAUAUGGUGGAUUUGAUAGUGCUUGAGGGCAUGAAUCUACACAUUAUCUUAGGUAUGGAUUGGCUGGUCCGAUAUGGUGUGAUGCUAGAUUGUUGUAGCAGAAGGGUUUUCUUUGCUGCAAAAGGAGAAAAACCGGACAGUUUGUACUUGACGGCACAAAAAUUAAAUAAGGCUCUAAAUGAGGGAGAUGCAGGAUACAUUAUCCUGGGAGGACUCGUAGGAGACUCCAAAGAACCUACUGCUAAUAUUCCGGUUGUAUGCGAGUUUGAAGAUGUAUUUCCGGAAGAAAUUCCUCAUUUUCCACCUGAGAGGGAGAUUGAAUUCUCAAUUGACUUAGUACCUGGUGUGGGGCCUAUCUCAUUGGCUCCAUACCGGAUGUCACCAGUGGAGCUAGCUGAGCUGAAGAAGCAGUUAGAAGAAUUAUCCCGCAAGAACUUUAUCAGACCGAGUGUAUCUCCUUGGGGUGCACCAGUCAUCUUCGUGAAAAAGAAGGAUGGGACUAUGAGGUUGUGCACUGAUUAUCGACAGUUAAACAAGGUAACAGUAAAGAACAAGUAUCCUCUACCACGCAUUGAUGAUCUGUUGGAUCAGCUCAGGGGUGCUUCAGUGUUCUCAAAGAUUGAUCUUCGUUCCGGAUAUCACCAGAUUCGGGUAAAAGCAGAGGAUAUUCCGAAGACGGCUUUCCGAUCUAGAUAUGGGCACUAUGAGUAUCUAGUGAUCCCAUUUGGGCUUACUAAUGCCCCGGCCGUGUUCAUGAGUUAUAUGAACCGAAUUUUCAAACCACAUUUAGAUCAGUUUGUUGUGGUAUUCAUUGAUGAUAUUCUGAUCUACUCCAAAAGUAAGGAAGAACAUGCAGAGCAUUUGAAGAUAGUUCUACAGAUUUUAAGGGAGCAUCAGUUAUAUGCCAAACCAUCCAAGUGUGAGUUUUGGUUACAUGAGAUCCAGUUUCUUGGACACGUCAUAUCAUCUACAGGAGUGGCUGUUGAUCCGAGUAAAAUUGAAGCUGUGCUGGAUUGGGAGAGACCCAAGAGUGUUGAGAUCUGAAGUUUUCUGGGUUUAGCAGGAUACUACAGGCGGUUUAUUAAUGGAUUCUCCAGAAUUGCCUUGCCAUUGACUAGGUUGACCCGAAAAGGGGUGCCAUUUGCAUGGACCCUUGGGUGUGAUGUGAGUUUUCAAGAAUUGAAAGAUAAGUUGACUACCGCACCGGUUCUGAUUCUUCCUGAUCCGGAGAAGAGAUUUGAGAUCUAUUGUGAUGCAUCCAAGUAUGGAUUAGGGUGUGUGUUGAUGCAGGAGCGAAAGGUAGUGGCCUAUGCUUCUAGACAGUUGAGACCACAUGAAGAGAAUUACCCUACUCAUGAUCUUGAGUUAGCGGCCGUGGUUUUUGCAUUGAAAAUAUGGAGACACUUCUUGUAUGGUGCUACCUUCACAGUUUUUAGUGAUCACAAAAGCUUGAAGUAUCUAUUCGAUCAAAAGGAGCUUAAUAUGAGACAAAGGAGAUGGAUGGAAUUCCUGAAGGAUUAUGAGUUUGACCUUCAGUAUCACCCUGGAAAGGCGAAUGUAGUGGCUGAUGCCUUGAGGAGAAAGACCACGGGUGUGGCUAGCAUGAUGAUUGCAGAGUAUGAUUUGAUUGAGGAGUUCAGGGAUUUGCGAAUUUCUGUGACACCAUUUGAGACUUCAUAUUUCAUGACUACGGUCGAAGUCCGAAAUUCGUUAAUGGAAAAAGUUAAAGCGGCCCAAGUGCUUGAUGAAGGGAUCCAAAUGAUGAAAGAGCAAGAUUUUGUGUUCACCGAUGCUUCUCAUGUGAAAUACUACAAAGAUCGAUUAAUUGUCCCGAAGGGACCAAUGGUAGAAGAAGUGUUAACAGAGGGUCAUAUGGUCAAGACGACCUUCUCCACAGAGCAGCUAGCCAAACUAUAUGUUAAAGAGAUUGUAAAGCUUCAUGGCAUUCCCGAAAGCAUAGUUAGCGAUCGGGAUCCGAAAUAUAUAUCUGAUGAUUCACACAUUGUACAGUAUGAUGACAUAGUGGUUAAGAAGGACCUGAAGUUCGUUGUUGGACCUUCUAAG